CCGACAUGGGGCGCAUUUGCCCUCCGGUUUUCCGUCGGUCAAUACAUAGGCAAAUUUCGAAUCUAAUUACAGUGUUUUCAUUUUAAAUUCCUCAUAAAAACGUUAAAAAGUGCAUGUAUGUACCUGGCGGUGGCGCUCAUCAUUAUCAUAGCGAGUUUGGUCAGGCUUCACCUUCGUAAUGGGCCGGUACGCCACGCUACUUUUGGCGAUAAACACCGUCGCAGCCAUGGGCUUUAUCCCCCAUGGUUCUAUUGGGGCAAAGGAUCAUUUAAUAACGGAAACUUUGCUUCGUGAAGUAGUCGAGCGUAUGGGCAAAGACUUCAACGACGCGGCGUCCAGCUACCUAGAGUUCCCGGCCAGCGACCGCCAUCUCGCCCUGAUGGCGCACGCGAGCAAGGACCUGGAGAACGAGCAGCUAGACUACGACUCGUUGAUCGACGGGAACCCCAGCCCCAGCCUGCGCGACCAAGAGUACUUGCAGCACAGUUCGUUGUGGGGCCAUCAGUACGUAACAGGCGGUGCUGGCGAGGGUGAGCAGCGUCUCCGACCAUCGGGCGUGGUCCCCAACCGACAAAUGGUCAAAACUGAUGCUGUUCUGCCCGCGUAUUGCAACCCGCCCAACCCAUGCCCCGUCGGGUACACAGAAGACCAGGGCUGCAUCAGCGAGUUCGAGAACACGGCCGCCUUCAGUCGCGAGUACCAGCUGUCUCAGCGCUGCAUGUGUGAUGGAGAGCAUAUGUUCAGCUGCCCAUCCGACUCAACUUCAGAUAUUGACUUGCGUUUCCCCGAGCACCACAAGAACCUCGUCGCCAAGAAGUACAAGCCUGACAUGGAAAACCCUUACUUAAUGGGCGAACGCUUGCCGAUUGCAGCCAAAAAGGGUUUCGAUGUUAGCAUGUACUAGUACGUUUAUUCAUAAGUGUAAUAGUUAGUGUCUAUUCGAUGUGAUUUUAUGUAUUUCGUACUUGUAGUUAGGUGUAUUCGUCAUCUUAUAGUGAACCUCUGUAACAACCUCAUAUAUAAUGAAAAAUGCUUCAGUAUCAGCAAACUGUUUAAUGCGCAAAAUAUGAAGAUAUCUACUAUUUAUGUAAUGGCUUUUUUCUAACUACCGUCAAAUAAAUAAAUCAGAAAGUUUUAAAAAAUAUGACCGACACAAUAAGCCUCGAACCUUCAUGCCGAUAGAGUAAUCUCACGUAGCUCAGCCUAACAGAGUUUGAUAACAUCUGCCAUAUCAAGAGCAAUAUUCCGCUGCAUCUAACACUGGAUGGGAAUGGCGACCAACUGAAAUGACCCGACAGGAAACUCCGUGAACUGUGUUUGAAAAUUUAAAGGGAAAAACCGCGUGCUUUAAAACAAUCCAGACUCCGAUCUCAUGUCUUAAGAUAAGUAGUGUUCAGUUUGUGAUUUUAACAUUGAACCGUAACCUCCUAUUAUAUAUUGAUUGUUAGGUCGUCUGACCAGCUUUCCGAAUAUAAUUUCUCAAUAUAAUAUUAUUAUUUAUGACUAUUUCGAUCGGUUUAAUGGGCACCAUACUGC